AUGCACAGCGUCUUCUCGCCCGCCAUCAAGAAGUACCUCAAGGACUACCUGAAGCGGAACGGGCUGCUGACGCUGUCGGUCGUGGCCGUCAUCACAGGCUGCGUACUGGGCUUCCUGCUGAGAGGACAAACGGUUUCCACACAGGCCAAAAUCUACUUCUCUUUUCCUGGAGAGCUGCUGAUGAGACUGCUGAAGAUGCUGAUUCUACCCCUCAUCACGUCAAGUUUAAUGUCUGGAUUAUCGUCGAUGGAGUCGAAGGCGUGCUGUCGCAUGGGCGUGCUGACGGUGACGUACUACCUGUGGACCACCUUCAUAGCGGUGGUGGUGGGCAUCAUCCUUGUCAUCAUCAUCAAGCCCGGCAUGGGCACGGAGAUGGAGAGCAACCGCCUCGGAGGCGGGCCCGUCAUGACCUCCGCGGACGCACUCCUGGACCUCGUCAGGAAUAUGAUUCCAUCCAACCUGGUAGAGGCAACGUUUCAACAGUAUAAAACGGACCUGGUCCCGGUCCCGAAGGCGCCCGCGACCCAGAAGACGCCGAGCUUCGUGUACGUCGUGCCGGACGAGGAGAACGAGAAGAAGGCGGGCCAGAGCAUCCUGCUGGAGCUGACGCCGGCGCCGGAGGUCCACUACAAGCCCAAACCCGGCAGCAGCCAACAGAUGAACGUGCUGGGCAUCGUCAUCUUCUCCGCCACCAUGGGGCUACUCUUGGGCAAGAUGGGAGAGAGGGGUUUACCACUGGUCAACGUGUGCCAGUGCAUCAACGAAUGCGUCAUGAAGAUCAUCAACGCAGCUGUGUGGUACUUCCCAUUUGGCAUCAUCUUCCUGGUGGCCGGCAAGAUCCUGGACAUGAGCGACCCGUCCUCGCUGGGCAAGAAGCUGGGCUGGUACGGCAUCACGGUGCUGGCGGGACUCUUCGUCCACGGCCUCAUCCUGCUGCCGCUCUUCUACUUCCUGUUGACGAGGAAGAACCCCUUCGUCUUCAUCAGGGGCCUCCUGCAGGCCAUGGUCAUCGCCCUCGCCACCUCCUCCAGCUCUGCAACUCUUCCCAUCACCAUGAAGUGUCUGCUGGAGAACUGUCAUGUGGAUCGGCAGAUCGCCCGCUUCGUGCUGCCCGUGGGCGCCACCAUCAACAUGGAUGGCACGGCCCUGUACGAGGCGGUGGCCGCCAUCUUCAUCGCUCAGGUCAACGAGUACGAACUCGACUUUGGCCAGCUGGUCACCAUAAGCAUCACCGCUACAGCUGCCAGCAUCGGUGCUGCCGGAAUCCCCCAGGCUGGCCUCGUCACCAUGGUGAUAGUGCUGACAUCCGUGGGGCUUCCCCCCGAUGACAUCACCCUCAUCGUGGCCAUUGAUUGGAUCCUCGACCGCUUUCGAACAAUGAUCAAUGUGCUGGGAGAUGCUUUAGCAGCGGGCAUCAUUGGCCACUUGUGUCGAAAAGACUUCCCGACAGACGCAGAGGUGAGUCAGGCUGCCAAUGGCAACCCUCCAAACUCCCAUAACCUCCAGGACCUGAACGUAUCUGGGACCGAGGUGCCGCUCCUAGCCAGCAAGGACAGUGUGUAUGAGGUGUUUGGAGACACGGUGAUCGAGAGGCCCACCGUCUACUACAACAUCUGCCAAGUCUGACCCCGCGGACAGGACUGGGCUGGGACCAAAAAAACAGGCCGGGCAUUUUCGGCCAAGUCCGGUCUGCCAAGCAUUGAGAGAGACAAUGACGCCUGUGGCAACGUUUUUAAGUCAUCUAUUUAUUACGAGCUAUUUUGACCGCAACAGGCAAAAUGUGGCAAUAUUGAAAUCUGACUCGGACAGGUCAGCUGUACGAAGUGGCAUGAGGACUGGAUACCACUAGACUGAGAGGAGGAACAGGCCAAAGUCAUCAACAGUCCACCGGGCGAGUGCCCUGUAUGCCAUAUGGCCAAUCCAGCUAUGACCACAGCCAAAGGGGAUCAUGCAGGCAGGGCUGGCCGUCCCGAUCAGACCCAGCCCGACCAGGGGUCUAUUUCUCGAAAGCGUCUUUGCUAUCGUCGUUAGCAAAGUCCUUUGUAAGAGCGACUCAACUCUCUCUCGACAGCGACGCUCCCCACUAAAUCCAAGGGAAUGGUAAGACGGUCUUAAGACGGUGAGCAACGACAAGAAUCGAGAAACGGACCCCAGACCCGGCCCGGCUCAGUCCAGUGACUUCUGGGCGACUGACUCUGCAGUCUCCCUCCUUCGUGCCUUUGGCUAAAGUGCUGAAAUGACUCAUGAACAGAUUUUUUUUUUCUCUUCUGAUUUUUUGUUUUUUUUACAUGUGUGUUUUUUUGUGGGCUACACUUGUUGGAUGUUAAGUAUCUGAGUUGGACACUGAUCUGGAUGUAUUAAUGUCACUCCCACCACCUGACGUGGAACCUAAAACCUCAUUUUUGACAGACAUCCUCUCAAGUGAUGUGAAAAGUGCGGACGACUACCCUCGCGAUGAGACCUUCAAUCCUUCCUCCUCAGGAAGCAGUGAGUGCGUUGCAAUAUGCGACCUUGCCUCCUCCACUUGCCUCCUCCACUUGCUUCUCUCCUCGUACCAGGAAGUAAUAUGUCAUGAUGACAUCACUGACAACAGCAUUAUAUUUCAAUAUCUUGCAAAAGCUCAAUUGUAGAGUCUUUUUCUCAUUUGCAAUUAGGAUGGUGAAUGAAAAACAGUCCCUCAAAAGUUGUUGUGGCUAGGCUGACAGCUGGGAAACUUUAUCGUUUUCUCCACGGAGGAGGGGCCAGGAGUGGGACGAGGAGACAAGCGCAAGUGGAGGAAGCAAGGUCGCAUAUUGGAACGCACCCAGUAUGUUACUACUCUCUUCAUUCAGCCUUGCUCUUGGCCGGCUUGCUUUCCUGGAGUUAUCCGCUAUUCUGGGUUCGAACCUUCAGCUCUGGGAUCUGUACCGUGUUCUCCAACCCACACCACAACCACACGAUAACACUUUACUUGACGCUGGUGUCAUAGACAUGUCA